AGUGUAUAUAUGUAUUGUUGUGUUAUGGGUGUUUAUUAUUUUUUUUUUGCCUAUUUUUUAGGGGGUGCUCAAUUCUCAGAAAGGAAAUAUCAAGAAACAUGAGACAAUCACAGGUCAUAUAGGUAUAGAGACAAUCAAAUCCCCUAUACUUUUCUCAAUAUAAAUUGAUCAUUUCGCAGCUUGGCAAAAUCUGCAAAUCUAAACACUGUUUGAGCAUUGAAUUUCAAUCUCUACCUUCAUUUUCUCAGUGUGCGCGUGUCGCUUCCGCAGCGCAGCGCAGCAUGUAAAUUUAGCAGCUGUGCUUUACGUCUACAUAUGCAAUGCAUGUGCAGUGCAGUGUGCAUAUGGAUGCUGAGGUUUCUUCAAGACGGGUUGUGACAUUUAUACUUCUGUUUUCAGCUUAAAAUUUCUCUUCUCUGAUAAAAAUGACUCGACAAGCACGAAAACGACACCAUCGGGGAUACACACACAUCAAGAAAAAGUACAGAACAAAAAGGAAAACCAAGGACUUGGAUGAAAUUGACGAGGAUUUGAAACCCCGAAAUGCGGAAAGAUUGCUGCAUCAAAAAAUAGAUUUUGACAAGCCUGGAUCAGCACAACAUUACUGUCUUCAUUGCGCGAGAUACUUCAUUGAUGAGUCUGCAAUGAAGGAUCAUUUUCGAAGCAAGACACAUAAACGGAGAUUGAAAGCGCUCGAGUUGGAGCCCUACACACAGAAAGAAGCCGAAGCAGCUGCAGGGAUGGGAUCAUAUCAACCACCUAAGAAGAGAGUAAUGGUUACCCAACAGGCUACACAACAGGAUGUGAAUAUGGAUGAAGACAAGAGGGACCAAACAUGAUCCUUGGGGAACACCACUUCUGGAAAUCAGUCAAAUGAACAAUGAUCCCUCUACGGGUAACACAGCAAAAAUUUUAGUUUGACUGAAUAAAUGAAGAGACUACAUUCAUGAUGCAAUACUUUCAAAGAUCAAUGUAAUCAUGGAUUAUAAAUGCAGACCAAGACAAAAACUAGAUGUUUGUGAGAGAGAGGCCUAACCUAAAAUGGUUCUUUAAUAAGUGAUGUAAAAGUAAAAUUGCUUAAGUAGACCUUACAGAAGUCAAUAUUUGACCAUAUUCAAGCAAUAUUUUUUAAGAUCAGAUAGUGCAAAAUAUCUGUUCCUCUUCUACAUGUAAGUCAAACAGAUUUUAUAUGGUUCCAACUCCCAAGUGAUUGGAUGUGUAUUUGCACAUUUGAUGGUACAUGUCCAUCCACACCCACCCUAUACAUGUAUGUGCAUGUACCUGUCACAUGUUAAAACCGAUCUAGCAUUGCCCCUAUUUCAUUUGGAAGAAGGAAAAGAAAUUUAUUGUUUGGUAAGUUGUGGAAAACUCGACACUGAUAAAAUAUUUUUUUUGACCAAAUUUUCCCUACAAUUAACUUCCUUGGAACCCUUUGCAUGAAUCCUAUGGGCCAUUCACAUUGGCCAUCACAUUUCACAAUCGUUUGUAAUCCAUUUAUAUAAGAAAUAUACAGGGACCACGGAACUGGGGGGGUGUUCAGCCCCCUCCCCCACACUUUUUUCCAAAACCGUGUACAAAAACCUGUUUGUGAUAUUUUGCAUGGUCACCCCCCUUACAUGUAAUUUUGACUCCCCCCCCCCCCAAUUUUCGAAACCAUUCUGCAGCCCCUGCUAUAAAAGAAUUGUUCAAAUAUUUGAUUAUCAAAGAAUUCAAUUAGAAAAAAAUGUUUAUAAAGGGGAUGUCCAAUAAAUCAGGAAUUAUGAUAUUACAUUUUUCACGGGAAUUCAUGAAGUUCCCCAUUACCUUCUGUGAUGCGUAAUAUCUCAUUUUUAACAACUGAGCAAGUUUAAAGAUUUCUUUUCAUCUGGGGAGCGUUUCAUAAAGGACUUGUCAGACGUUUUAUCCGACAAGUCCCAUUUUAUCUGACAGUUGCCAUAGUAACAGUGCUUCUUAGCCAAUCAACAUCAAGGAAAAUUGUCAGAUCUGAAAACUCGUCGGACAAAAAUGCUGAUGAAACACUCCCCUGAUUUAGAUGAUAUUUUCAGUGUUCUACCCUGCCUGAUUGAUCUCUCUUCAUGUCGUACAUUGGAUUUUAACCCUAACUAGGCCGGGCUUUUUGGGCUGUUCUGUGGCCGGGGGGUUGAUUCAACCCCCCCCCCCCCUGAGAUCUCGACCGCCGAUCGCGCGAGCGCCGCAAAAAUUUGCACGCUGGUAGUGAGCGAUAUAAUCUACAAGGCUGUAUGGUAAAAUUUUCCAAAAUAAUGAGAUUUUAUUUUAUAUGAAUUAUGCUAAUUUAUGCAUAAAUCAUACUUUUUGCUCUAAUUCACUAAAUAAAGCUCCUAGAAUGCUAAUUUUUGGUAAAAAUGUUCUUUGUAGCAUUCCUAACAAUGGCAAUUGAAAAAAACUUUGGUUUGGAAAUCAAUUUCUUAUGUAUUUUAUUGUUUUAUGAAUUUUUUAUGUAUUUCUUUGUUUUUCAACCUUUUGUUUUUCUUUGUUUUUUUUCACCAGAUUUAUUGCACAACCUUUUUGAAGCAUAAUUAUGCUAAAAUCAAUUGCUUUCAGCUGUUUUAAGUAAAAAUAAUCAUAUCUUUAUGAAUAAGAUGAGAAAACUCAAUUUGCAUUGACUUUGUACACAAAAUCACGUUUUGGAACAAUUUUUGGUCUGACAUGCACUUACAAAAUGUUGCGUAAUUUCGGAUCCACGUACCCGGGCGUCGUAAAUUUGGUCUCAAAAGAUGCGCGGGAUUUAAAAGUAUAAACUCUGCGAGUGGGGCGGUCAAAGAAUGUCGCGCGGCAGAAUGAUCGCAGAAAAUGUUGAGGGGGGGUUGAUUCAACCACCCCCCCCCCCCCCGGCCAUUUUAGGGUUAAAGAAAUUAAAGCUUAUUUUGAAUAAAUUGCAAGAAACACAUUAUUUUACUUAAUGAUUGUUAUUAUAUUAUAAACGAAGUAAACAAGACUCGGUUUAUAGCAAUUUCAGAAAUUUUCUGUCAAAAUUUUAUUGUGAAUUUCUACACUUUAACAGUAUGUUUUGAGAAGGUAAUCCACUUUUUAGCCCCUAUUUACUGUUUCUCAUUUUACGAAAGGCGAAAUGUACAAAACAAUUAUUAAAAACUAUAACUGCAA